CGAGUACCCCGGGGUCUGGGACAGGGUCGGUGUCGAUAUCAGCAACGGAGUCCCGCCCAACAGUGACCCACCUCUUCAUCAACAAUCAGCGAGUAAUGUCGAGAUCAAAACACUGGACAAGCAUUUUAGACCCAGGCACACAGCGUCUCCUCUCCCGAGUACCUAGCAGCACGCAUGACGAGAUCCAGACGGCUGUUCAUGCAGCUGAGACGGCCCAGGACGCAUGGGCUGCGCGGGGUUUUCAAUCUCGCAGGGAGUACCUGCUUGAUUGGAUUGAUGUGCUUAGGGAGAUGACUCCUGACAUUGUUGCUUGUCUCUGUCGCGAGGUUGGAAAGACCCUCGCAGACGCUAACACCGAAGUCUUUCGCGGCCUAGACUGCAUCCACGCUGCGUGCUCAAUCGGGACCGAAAUGGCAGGCAUGUAUCUGGGGUCAGACCCUACCAUUUUGCAAACAUUCUACGAGCCGGUGGGCGUCUGCGUAACCAUCGCCCCCUUCAGCUACCCCUUCAUGAUCCCCCUCUGGUCCCUCCCCUACGCCCUCAUAACCGGCAACACCGUAAUCCUGAAACCCUCCGAAAAAGCGCCCUCCCUCUCCACCCUCCUCGCCGACGCAGUCAUCCGCACAGGCUUCCCCCCCGGAAUCUUCAACAUCCUGCACGGCGACCGCACCACCGUCCGCACCCUCGUCCCCAACCCCUCAGUCCAAGCCAUCAGCUUCGUCGGAUCCGAAACAGCAGCACGCGAAGUCCACGAUCUCGCCCGCACAGCCGGAAAGCGCAUCCAGGCCGAAUGCGGCGGCAAGAACCACGGCGUCGUCCUCGAUGACGCGAGCAUGAUGCCCACCCUCUACGCGAUAGCAGGCAGCGCCUUCGGCGCAACCGGCCAGCGCUGCAUGGCGCUCAGCGUGGCGAUCUUCGUAGGAGGCACGCGCGAGUGGAUCCCCAAGCUAGUGGACCUCGCGCAGUCGAUGGUAGUCGGGAUGGGUGGAGACGAGGACACGAAGCUGGGGCCGCUGAUUAACCGUGCCGCAAAGGAGCGCGUCGUGGGCGUUAUUGACCGCGCUGUUGACGAGGGCGCGAUGGUCCUGCUGGAUGGGAGGGAUGUGUCUGUUCCGCGGUAUCCGGAGGGGAACUUUGUGGGCCCGACUAUUCUUAUGGGGGUGGAGACUUAUAUGGAAUGUUAUCAGAUGGAGAUUUUUGGGCCUGUCUUGAUCUGCAUGCAGGUUGAUACGCUGGAUGAGGCUAUUGAUUUGAUUAAUCAGAAUAGGUACGGAAAUGGCUGCUCGAUAUUCACCACCAGUGGGAAACAAGCAAAGACGUUCCAGCGGAGAGUCAAUGUCGGUCAGAUUGGGAUCAACAUUCCAUUGAUAGCACCGUACGGACCAGCCGUACGAACCAGCAACAAAGACUCAUUCCUAGGAGACCGACACGCCCCUGGCAAGACCUACUGGCCGUUUUUCACGACUGUUAAGACGGUGUCGGCGCGGUGGGAUCAGUAGUUCGUUUUUUUCUUUUGGGUGUUAUUGGGGAUGGAGUUGAGGUUUAGGGGAAAUGAAUAAUGAUGUUUAUGAUUGACUGAACUUACUGCUGUUGUCAAGCCUAUCGUACUGCACUACUAGCUGUGUGUCGGGUGUUGAACCAGUGUAAGUAGGUACUAAG